AUGGGAGAAGACGACAUUUGGGCAUCCGAUGAAGAUAACGAUCAAGUUUCCUACGAUCAAAUGAUAGCCCAGAGGGAAUGGGAGAAGAUGAAUGAAGUUCAUGGCAAUGAAGGAUACAAAGAUGGUAUUGUUGCGGGCAAGGACGUAACUAUACAAGAAGGGUUCAACAAAGGCUACAAAGAAGGGGUUGCACUUGGCCGCCAGUUCGGCAAGCUACGCGGUGUUACAAGCACACUACUUGUAUAUUAUACGCAGGUGCAGAAAGACGUUUUGGAUUCAUCGCUCCUGGAUCAAUUGACACAGCUGUACAAUGAACUGUCAGCUAUCGGCGUCGAGGAUUUAUAUACAAAGGACUACUUCCGUGAGCCUUCGAGUGACGAUCAAAAGAAAGACGAUCAAUGCUGUGGACAAGGAAGCUGCGCUAGCUCUGAACCCGUAAAGGAUGAUGAGCGAAUCAGCACUGGUUGCUGUAAAAGUCAAGACUCAGAAUCAUCUUGUCGUAGCCAGGAUGCUUCAAAGUCGGUUGACCCUGAGGCAGUGGUAGCCAGUUAUCAGAAGAGAGUUGACGAACUAGUAUCGCAGUUGCCGUUGUCUUCGAAUAGUAUUGUUGUGUAA